ACACAGGGCAGUAGUUUUCUCCUCCGGUGUUUUCAAGUUGCUUCGCCGGAGGAAACAUGAGCGGACGCCGCCUGGCAGCUGCGGACGCGCGGCCACUCUGCCCCGUGUGACCCGGCGGACUCACCGGAGGGGGACUAUAUUCUCCGAGGGUCUCUGGAAUAAAGUGGACGAGUGCCGAAGUCGCGCAACAAAGACAAGACGGGAUGAGAGAGAGGGUGCUCUGCAGAGGAGGGAAAUAGAAACGAAAGGAGGGGAAAGAAGAAGAAACUAGGCAGAGCGAGAGAGAGGAGCGCCACGGAAGAGAUUCUCUGGAAUAAAUAAAUAAAAAGACUUGUUUGGAGAAAAGACAAGCUAGAUGAAAAGAUGAAGCCGAUUAAAAAGCAGGGCCGUCGCUCGCCUCCCUCUACCCGGGCCAAAGGGGGGAAGCGUCGCGGAGUGGGGGAUGCCCUAGAAGGAGGAGAGAAGAGAGACUCAGAUGAGAACAGAGACAGAAGCAGAUCCCCACAAAACCAAACUCCUUCCUCUUGUUUUUCGUCUAAUUUGCACUCAGAGUCCUCUCAGGCCGACCCAAUGACAGAGCGGGACACUGCGGGGGGGGAGGGGCUUCACAGAGAGGGACGGUCAGAGACGACGGCAUCGCUCGUGAUGGAUUCUGAGAAAAUGCUGACACACUCUGAUGAUAGAUCGGUGCGGUCAGCUGUGAGUGGCAGUAGCCAAAGUGACAGUGGUGGUAGCAGUUGUAGUAACAGUAGUACACCAAGCGCCAACAACAGCCCAAACCCCGCCUCCAGCCGAAAAACAGCCACCUUCAAGGCCCGUGUUCCCAAGAAGAAGUACACCUCUGAACACUGUUUGUCUACGACUGCUAGUAACCAUAGCAACCCUGCCUCCAGCACGCCUCCUCCUCUUCCUCUGAGCGGUGGCGUCCUUAACCACGGGUCAACAAGUUCAGGAAGUGACAUCGCGCACCACGAUGGCAGCGUUCAUAGCAGGAGCCUGCUGGACGACUUCCACAGCAGGACGACUGGAAGGGAGGGCCCUCAGGACAGCUCCCCAGGACCCCCCACUCUGUCGCUGGGAGUGGAGAGGACUGCAGGAGGUGAAGGGGUGAGAGAUGCAGAGCGAGUGUCGCCCCCCCUGCCACGCUGCUCCUCAACAGACACCGCCAGUGAGCACUCAGCUGACCUGGAGGUGGCUGGUGACACACACGCCCUUACACAGAUGUCUGCACACGCACCACCAAGUCUCCCUGACGCUCUGUCAGAUGCUCUGGCCAAAGGGCUGAAGAAUCAACGUGUCCUUGCUCGCCAGCUCAGGAGAAGAAGUGAUGAGGAGGGAGGAGACGAAAGGAGGGAUGAAGGGGGGAGUUCAGAGUUGGUAUUCCGGGCUGGGGUGGUCCGUAAGGUCAGUGGUGAAUUUGGAAGCCUGGAGGUGCAACUGAAUGGGGAGAAGAUGAUGUGUCGUUAUCCGUAUCGGCAUGACAGCCCCCCAGGGGUGGUGGACAUUAUCCUAGAUGCCCCCCCACCUGGUGUCCAUCCAAUACCUAUUGGCACCCGUGUGUGUGUACCGUUUGGCAAUGAGGAGGGCAGUGUUGGUCACUGGCAACUGUACCGAGAAGGUGUGGUGACUCAGAUAGACACGCACCCUGCAGUGGCCAACCGCUAUCGUGUCCUGCUGUCUGAGGGAAAACCUCACUCUGUGGAGGAGGAAGAAGAUGGCAGAGUGGCAGCCGCCGCUACCCAGGCAGUGUGGGUUUCCCGACAAACACUCCGUCUUCUUGUACCGCCUUGGGACCUGGAUUUGCCAUCUGGAGGAGGACGAGAGGAAGAAGACAGGGUCAGAGAAACGGAAAGGGAGCGGGAGGACAGGGAGGAGGUGGAUGUGGAGCAGGAAGUUUGCCGCUUGAGCCGAGGGAUGGCCCCAGGAGUGGGGCCAGUGCUGGGGAGAGGGAUUCGCUACCCAGGCAUGGUCCCUGUUUCAUCCACAUCAGGCCACAGUAUCGCCUCCCCAGUAACUCCAGUGUCAGUCCUCAGUCUGGCUCCUGGUCGAGACUGGGAAUGUGAGAAAGACUUCGAGAGGGACCUCCAGAGAAAACAGGAAAGAGAACGAGAAAGGGAGAAUGUAAAACAGCAGCAGCAUCAACAGCAGCAACAUCACCCAUACAUGCCACUUACCCCUGAAGAAGACAUGGAGGUGUCCCACUUUAACAUGGUCCCAAUGGGGGCAAUCAUAUCUGGGGCCAAACCAAUGGCAAUUCCCCAACACCGCCACAUCGUUUCUAAGCCCCCACCUGGCUACCUCAAUUCCCACCUGUCUGUGGUGCGGGGCAUCGGGAUCUCCUCCGCCCACCUAGCUUUGAACCCCCACCCUACUCCAUCACCUGUCCUGUUAGGCCUUGAUCCAGCAGCAGCAGGUUCUGUCAUUACCACUCCCCAGCUCCCUCCUCUUCCUCCCCUCUCAUCUUCCACUGCAUCCUCCUCCAGAAUAGAGAAAGCCUCAGGAGGAGGCUCUAACAGUGGAACAGCAGGUGGUGGAUCUGGAUCAGGAUCAACGUCCUCCUCCUCUUCACGUUCCCGCACCCCACUGACAGCUGCCCAGCAAAAGUACAAGAAGGGAGAUGUGGUGUGCACACCUACAGGCAUCCGUAAGAAGUUCAAUGGAAAGCAGUGGAGGAGACUGUGCUCACGGGAGGGCUGCUCUAAAGAGUCUCAGCGCCGAGGAUACUGCUCCAGACACCUCUCAAUGAGGACCAAGGAGAUGGAGGCCAGUGGAGGUGGCCGGGAGAGGGGUGGAGCCAGCAGCACUGGGACUCUGACGCCAUCUGACCUCCGUCUAGGUGGUGGGAGAGCCAGCUCCGAGUUUGACUGGGACGAGACAUCACGGGAAAGCAGUGAGGCCAGCAGCCGUGGAGGAGACUCACGUCCCCGCCUGGUGCUUCCAUCUUUGCUUCCUCAGGACCUCUCUCGUUUCGACUUUGAUGAAUGUGAGGCAGCGAGUAUGUUGGUCUCCCUGGGGAGCUCCCGCUCAGGCACACCCUCAUUCUCUCCCAUCUCCAACCAGUCGCCCUUCUCCCCUACCCCAUCGCCCUCACCCUCUCCGCUCUUUGGCUUUCGUCCUGCCAAUUUCAGCCCUAUUACUGCCCCUGCCUCACUGACUCCACGGCGCCAUCGCCAGCUUAGUGGCACUAAGAUGGGUACACCAGGUGCUGAGCGAGAGCGGCACCUGUCGGGGAUAGUGCCCACAUUUCAGACCAACCUCACUUUUACAGUCCCCAUGAGCCCUAGCAAAAGAAAGCUGGACACUCACCCGCCACCUCCACUGCCUACAGUCCAAGACUACCAGACCAAACCUGAGCACCAUCAGCUAGUGGGGAUAGCGGGAGGGGUGGUGGGAGAGCCACCCCUCGGCCACAGCCCUGCAGCCUUCAGAGUCCUCUCCCCACUGAGUCAGCCGACAACUCCCUCCUCACUCCCCUUCCCCCGGUCCCGUAGCGCCACCAGCAGACCACCAUCCUCCGCUGCCUCCACACCUCCGCCCAUGCUGGUCUCUCCCACUCCUCCCUCCCCACUGCCCCAGGAACCCUCACCACGCCGCAUUGUUCCUCUUCGUGAUUCCCCAGUAAUUGUCCGCAACCCUGAUGUCCCCUUGGCCAAGUUCUCUGAUGGCCCAUUAGGAAGGAGAGAGAGAAGCAGGUCAAGGGAGCACAGCCAGCCCCAACACACAGCUCCCCCGGGCCUGCAGGCGCCUGUUCCCAUCAACGGGGCCACCACCAACGGUGCAGUUCUCCUGCGCAGCCCCACAUCCACACUUGUCCUGGUCACCUCCAGCUCGUCCCUGACUCCAGCCACGGUUGGCCACACGUCCCUCUCCAGCCCCUCCACCCCUGGUUCAAUGGCCACUUCAUUGGGCUCAGUUCUGUCAUCCUCCGGUUCUGGAGGCAGGGAGAGGGAGAGGAAACCCGAGGGACACCAGGACCCCUCUGGAGGGGCACUGCCACAGCCGGUAGCCUGUCACCCCACUCCCACCGCCCUGCUGCCACUCAUACUGCCAGCUGAGUCGCCGCACCCUGCUCCACGCAAGCAAAUCAUCAUGGGACGCCCAGGGACUGGUAAGGAAGGACGGGGAGUGGGUUGGGAGAUCAUCCUGCCUGUCUGGCUUUGACCUUUGUCCCUGUC